AUGGUUGGGCAGCGCUUGACAAAUUACUUGAAAACAUGUGGCCUGGAAGCCGAAGAUGUUCCAAAGGUGGCAGCUCUCUUUCUUGGGGCGAAAUACUGCGCCUGGGCUGCUUCCGUGGCUGUCGCCGUCCGCUAUCGGCCUUUGAGAAGGGUCUUUCUUUCAAGGCGGGAGGCGCUCUUCGGAAACAGCUUCGUGGGAGCAAGGCCCUUUUCUGAGAGGAAGCGACUUUGGCUCGUGGAGGCCUUGGAUAUGGCAAGGCGAAGGAGUGAGUCGCAAGCGAGCCUUAGGAGCCGCACGGUCUCGCCGGCAAUUGCCCGCGCCAAGGGGACUGCAGCAGCACUAGUGAAGAGGCUGCGCAGCAGAGCCAAGAGCUCAUUAUUUGCUGGAUUGGCAAAUGCCAGAGAUCGUUAUCGCACCGCCAACUACAGCUGGAAGCUUGCGGGUUGGCAGCUGGCACGUAGGCAAGAGCGGCAGAAGCUGGGCAUAGUUCCUGCAAGGCAUCGAGAGCCCAUUAGCUGGUACUCUUGGAGCUCAGCCAAGUACUGGCAGCUUUCGGACAAACUGGAAGCCUCGGCUGGCUCCAACAGACUUUGGGGCAUGUUGACAAGGAGGCUAAACCUGAAUUCUAAAGGCCUCGCUCUGGGGUUGGCCGAGGGGACAAUCCUUUUCAAGUGCACCGUGCCCGUCCACAUGCCUCUGAU